AUGAACGCCACUGAAACUAGAAAAGUCAUCACCCUCCUCACUAAGUUCUGUCUGUCCUUCUGUUCAGCUGCAAUAUUCCGUACUAAUCAUCAUUUCCCGAAGAUUUGCGGCUCUAUUAUAUCUAUUUAUUAUCUGACCUUUCUCUUCGUAUGCAGUCAUAACCCAACCCCAUCAUGGAUCCGAGUCUUGGAGACCGAGCUAUUGAUUGGAUACUUUGCUGUAAUGGUCAAAGUUUAUUGGACGGGAGAAGAAAUGAUGGGGUCCGAUCUCAAUUGGCUUCUCGUCACUUUCAUAGCGCUAGUUGCCCAUCGUAUCGUCCUGUGGUUCCACCACAAAGCAGAGCAACAAAAGUUGGAGCAGUACAGACUGAACCCCGAGGCUGCUACGGACUAG